UAAUCAAACUUUACACAUAAUAUGGACUAGUUUUAACCCAUCUUUAUUUAGUAGUGUAGCUUUCACUUAUUAUUAUCAUUACAACACCUUAAAGCACCACCACCACCUCUUCAAGGAAUUCUGCAACCCAAAAAACUACAAAAAUUCACAACAAAAUUAACUUUCACUAAAAAAGUGUUUAAAAUUUUAUGUUUCUUAAGAUUAAACAGAUCAUUAAAGUAACCCUUGAGCAGCUACAAAAACAAACCUUUACUCUCCUUAUUUCCUGCAUGGGGUUUGAGUAGUUUUUAUCAAAAAAAAAUAAAUCUGCUUUGCUUUGCUUUUCAAAGGGAAAAAACUACAGAUGAUAAAUGAUUAUGCUUUGCUAGCUUUUCAUAGGUCAUUGACAUUACAGCUUUGUUAUAUAUCUGAAAUGCAAGUUUUGAAAGGUAAGCUUUCACCAGUGAGGCCAACACUGUGAGAUUUCUCAUUUGAGUUGUUUGAGAGAUGGGAGUUGCAACAGUUACUGAGUUAAAGCCAGGCAUAUCUGGGAAGAGAUUGUUUCGUCCCAGUUCGAGUACGAGACUUGCUUCUGAAUGGCCAAUUUCUGAUGUUUCAAGUGAUCUUACAGUUGAGGUGGGAGCGGCAAGCUUUUCACUUCACAAGUUCCCUCUUGUUUCUCGAAGUGGAAAGAUUCGAAAGCUGUUGCUGGAAGCAACGGAUUCAAAAGUUUCACGAAUAAGUCUCCCCGGUGUACCUGGUGGGAGCGAGGCGUUUGAACUAGCUGCAAAGUUUUGUUAUGGAGUGAAUAUCGAGAUCACGCUGUCAAAUGUCGCCAUGCUACGCUGCGCAGCUCAUUACCUAGAAAUGACAGAGGAAUUUUCUGAUAAGAACUUGGAGAUCUGCACAGAGAACUAUCUAAAAGAAAUGGUCUUCCCAAACUCCUCAAACUCGAUAACCGUCCUUCACUGCUGUGAAAACCUCAUUCCAGUAGCAGAAGAAACCAACGUAGUUAACAGGAUUAUCAACGGAAUAGUAUGUAAUGCCUGUAAAGAGCAGCUCUCGUGCGGAUUAUCGAGGCUCGGGCAUAAUUAUGGUGUCAAACCCAUAAAAGUUUUAGAAACUGAAUUGCCACCAGAUUGGUGGGGAAGGGCACUAACAGUUUUAAACAUAGAUUUCUUCCAGAGAGUGCUAUCUGCAGUGAAAUCGAAGGGUUUUAAGCAGGAAUUAAUCAGCAGAAUCUUGAUCAACUACACACACAACUCUCUUCAAGGUCUUGUUGUGAGAGACCCACAAUUGAUUAAAGAAAACUCCUUAGAUUUGGAGCAGCAGAAGAAACAGCGGAUCAUUGUUGAAGCAAUAGUAAGUCUAUUACCAACCCAGUCAAGAAAGAGUACAGUGCCCAUGGCAUUUCUGUCGAGUCUACUGAAGAAUGCAAUAAUGAGUCUGGCAUCUCCUUACUGCAGAGCUGAUUUAGAGAGGAAGAUUGCUCUUCAACUGGACCAGGCCAUCCUGGAAGACAUUCUCAUUCCUUCAAACUCAUACGGAAACAAUCAUCACCAGUUGUACGACACGGACACGAUAUACAAGAUAUUCUCGAUUUUCCUAAACGUGGAGAAUGACGACGAUGACGAUGAUGAAGUAGUCAACCCCUUCAGGAAUGAAAGUGAAUUGAGUUAUGAUUUUGAUAGCCCGCGUUCUCCUAAGCAGAGCUCAAUUCUUAAAGUAUCAAAGCUACUAGACAAUUAUCUGACAGAAGUUGCACUAGAUUCAAAUUUGGCACCAUCAAAGUUCAUUGCCCUGGCAGAACUACUUCCAGAUCAUGCUCGCAUUGUGACAGAUGGGUUGUACCGAGCUGCCGAUAUCUUUCUCAAGGUUCACCCAAAUAUCAAGGAUUCUGAGCGCUAUAGACUGUGCAAGACUAUUGACUGUCAGAAACUAUCUCAGGAAGCCUGCAGCCAUGCAGCUCAAAAUGAAAGGUUACCCGUACAGAUGGCAGUCCAAGUGUUGUAUUUUGAGCAAAUCAGGCUCCGAAAUGCAAUGAACGGGGAUAAUAAUCAAUUCUUCUUUGGUGCAAUCAACGGACAAUUCCCUCAACGUUCGAGCAGUGGUGCAGGCAGCGGAGCUAUCUCUCCUAGAGAUAACUAUGCAUCCGUGAGAAGAGAGAACCGAGAACUGAAGCUUGAAGUAGCAAGAAUGAGAAUGAGGCUAACUGACUUGGAGAAGGAUCAUGUUUCUAUGAAACAGGAACUUGUCAGGUCAAAUCCUGCUAACAACAUUCUCAAAUCUUUCACCAAAACGUUUAGUAAACUAAAUUCCCUAUUUAGGAAAACAAACAUCAAGCCUGUAGUAGGUGCUAAAGCUAAUCCAGAAACUAGAUUUUUAUUUCCAAAGCUAAGGCGCAAGUCGGUUUCUUAAUCAUUUUUAAGUUUAUAUAAGUGUAUAGUAGAGAUGCUGUAAUUGCGUGUAAAUCUCCGCUUGAUAGUUGUCAGAUUCUGAUUGUGUUCCACUUCUACGAGAUUAUCUUGUGUAUGUGAAGUGGGUGUGUUAUUGAAUUUACGUGCGAGUGAAGAAUUUCUAUUGCA